AAUCUCCUGUUCCACACUCCAGUCCAGUAGGAGGCUGUAAUGCACCUCUAAACUAGUUUGCCAACCAACAAUAAAACACCAGAGAAAGAAAGAAGCAGGAUUGCAUUUUGCACAUAAUCUGGACACAAAAUGAGAAACUUUGUAGACAAAACGUCGCGUAUGAUAUCAGGCUCUGCUUUGUGUUGUUAACUCAUUUACAUCGAAGAAGAUCACCUGAUGCAGCCAGGUAAGCUGCAGGCGGAUGGAUGGAUGAAUGGCUGAGGCUGGAUGGAUGCUCGCUGCUCUCUAAUCUAGUGGAGGAUUGUGUCUCCUAUUACACCGCUGCGCUCCUCCAUCCUCCUCCUCCUCCUCCUCCUCCUCCUCCACCUGUGUCCCUCCAUCGCGGUCUCCUGGUCUCCUUCGGCCUGUGAGCGGAUGAAUGUGAUUAUACCGUCGCCCAAAAGGACUCCAUGUCUUUCUUGGACUGUUCCUGCAUCUCCCACACUCAAGUCCAGCCGCUGGACAUAGAGGAGCAAUAUGAGGACAUCAGCCACCAGUUCCUGAGCUGUGACGGUUCUGAAUACACUCUGCAAGGGCCGGCAGGUGGCGAUGACAUCACAGGGCUGUCAGCCGAACCGGCCCACUACCAGCUACAGUCUGAGCUGGGGAGGGGCUUCAACAACCUGAGCCAGGUGAACAUGGCACGCCACCUCCCUACCGGCCAGCCGGUGGCCGUCAAACAAACCAACCUGGACGAGUGCACCGAGGAGGAGCUGAUGCAGCUCAUGAACGAGGUCCUGCUGUCCAGGCUGUUCCGUCACCCCAACCUGCUGACCUCUCGCCUGGUUUUCAGCUCCUGCUGCCAGCUAUGGAUCCUCACACCGCUCAUGGGCUACGGCUCUGCAGACACCUUACUAAGAACAUAUUUCCCAGAUGGAAUGAGUGAAUCCCUGAUAGCGUACCUGCUGUACGGCGUGCUGAAAGCGUUGGAAUACCUGCACCGGAUGGGCUACGUUCACCGUGGGGUGAAGGCCAGUCAUAUCCUGCUGUCAGGGGAGGGCCGUGUCUACCUCUCGGGGCUCCACAGUGUUUACAGCAUGAUGCGUGAUGGGAAGAGGAUGAGGGCGGUGUUCGACAUGCCCCACCACAGUCCCGCCCUGCUGCCCUGGCUCAGCCCCGAACUACUGCGACAGGACCUGCACGGCUACGGAGUGAAGUCUGAUAUCUACAGUUUAGGCAUCGUGGCCUGUGAGCUGGUCAGCGGCAGGGUGCCUUUCCAGGACAUGCUCCCCACUCAGAUGCUGCUUCAGAAGCUGCGCGGCUCCCACUGCUGCCUGCUGGACGUGGCUCCGUACCCGCUGGGAGAGCUGGGGGGGCUGAAGGUGUCGCGCUCCGGCGUGGACUCCGGCAUCGGGGAGAGCGUGGCCACCGGGAGCAUGACGCACAGCGCCACCGCCCCUCCCACCGACCGACCUCAGAGCCCCGGACCCAAGAACCACUCGGCCACCCUGCACAACCUGGUCCAGCUGUGUCUGCAGCAGCAGCCUGAGCGCAGACCGUCAGCAUCUACACUGUUGACCCACGCCUUCUUCAAGCAGGUGAAGAGGCACAACCGAGACACCUUCCUCAGCCUCAUGUACCCAGCAGUACCCCUCACCAGCCCCGAGGACCCUCCAGUAUCCUGCCCCCCCGCCCCGUCCUGCCACGCUCCGGCGUCAACCUCUGACGACGCCGCCGAGGCCGUGUGGGACUUCUCCUAACCCCAGAACCUCCUAAAUCCUGACUAGCAAGCCAAACACGAGACAAUCAAAGCAAAGCAAUGAGGCCAAAUCCUACUGUGCUUUUAUUUUGUAUUAUUAACCCGACUCUCUGAGCCUUUUUUUAAAGUAGUUUUGUAGUUUUUUUUAAUAUGUUUGUCUGAUGCAUACGUGGAAUCGUGGGGUUGGUGUCGACGAGACUGUGAAAGUGCUGGAACAAAGACGCUGCUCUGAUCAUAUAUUAAGGAUCUAUGAUAAUAAUAAUGGACUGUCAACAGUUGGCUGACUAAUAAUUGCGCACUUCCUCUGAGAUAAAAGGCAACUAUGAGUUAAAGGAAAAGUCCACCCAGAAACACUAUGUUAAAAACACCUAUUUGUGCUAAAAGUAUGUUGUUUUUACAGUUUACUUUUCAUGUUUCCAUGGAUAACGGUAUUUUUUUUAGGUGUGCCUGUUCUCUCCUAAAGGAAAUGAAGAAAAGGAGGACCUUGUUAACUGAAUCUGAAAUAAAGAAGUUAAAGGUGCUAUUGAUAACAUU